UGAUGUGCAUUAAGCUGACUGUUUAACAUGAAAUUUGCAUAAGUUUGUGGCUAGAUUUCAUAUCUUAUGUUUGGAUAAAAAAUGUUCAGUGGAAAGAAAAGGACUGAAAUUCCAACAGAUUUGUCUUCGUAUAACGUUGGAUGUAGACUCUCCAAGUAUAUUGUUUAUCUCCAGAAUGAGUCCUUUCUUAACAAAGCAAAUCGGGACACAUGUUUUAUUAAUGACGCAUUUGAUGGAUCGGGAGAGCAGAAGAAUGCAGACCACAAUCUUCCAAUGGAUAAUUGCGUUGAAAUGUCUAAUAUAACAGACAACCGUAAUACUGCUGACGAAAACAACAGCAUCAAUAAUAAUAUGGAGUCAGAUAAUAAAAUUCCUUUAGAAAACAUUAGUUCAGAAAAGAAUUCCAUCGACAUUGACAAUAAACAACAAUACCCUUGUUGGACAAACCUCGAUGAUAAAAGUAAACCAGUUGCACCUAAAUCUAAUUUCAAAAGGAGCCUUUCAUUUGGGGACAAGCCAAACCAACAUAAAUCGUUGGCAAACAAAUCAGUACACACUGCGAAUGAGCUGAAGUACGAUAAUCCCACCUUUUACAGCGGGUCAGAGCCGAGUUCUUCUUGGGACUCAGUCAUCUCUGGUGAUACAUGGAGACUUUCGCUGGAAGAGUUUACUUCAAAACGUCAGGGGUCAAAGCGUAAGCAAAGGAAAGUUUCAAAACAAAUGAGAUCAUUAUAUAAAAAACAAGACGACCUGAUAGAUGCCUACACUAUGUACAGAAAUCAAUUCAAACGAUCUUUCUACAAGAGUCAGGACGAACUAAUUAACCAGUAUGAGGAGAUUCGGCUUGAUCUAGAUGAUGCGAUGGGGAAUGCUGAACAAGAAAAUAUGCUUAGGAAGAAAGCGAGCAUAUAUGCAAAAGCUACUUUUGCUGUGAACUGUGUGCUGUUAAUCAUUAAAGUUGUAGCAGUAGUACUGUCGGGCUCUAUAUCUCUAAUAUCAAGUCUGGUGGAUAGCUCAGUGGAUCUACUCUCCGGCGUUGUUAUAUGGGUUACUACAAGAGCUGUGAAGAAGACUGACAGAUACUCAUAUCCUCAAGGCAGGACAAAACUGGAACCACUAUCUAUCGUCAUCUUAGCUGUAAUUAUGUCCGUGGCAUCUCUACAAAUUAUUAAGGAGUCGUUUACAAAAAUAUUUGGUUUAAUCAACAAGACACAGUCACCCCCGAACAUGAACUGGAUUACAGUCGGUAUAGCAAGUGCUACUGUAGGUAAGACUUUUACGUUGUAUAUCUUGCCUUGGAAAUACUGUAGAUCUGAGGAAAUGCAGGGACAAGUAAACGCCUCCGGUCUCAUAUAUAUUGAUCCUGUUGGUGCAAUUUUAAUCAGUAUUUACAUCAUUGUAAAUUGGAUCAUAACUGGAUGGGAUCAGAUUAAACUCCUUGUUGGUCACACAGCAACGACGGCAUUCAUCAGCAAGGUUACAUGGAUAUGCAUGGAUCACCACAAGAAAAUUAAAAAGGUUGAUACCGUGAGGGCUUUUCAUUUCGGACACAGUUUUCUUGUAGAGGUAGACAUAGUUCUUCCGCCGGAAAUGACGUUAAGAGAGGCUCACGAUAUAGCAGAACCCCUUCAACAGAAGAUCGAAAGUCUCAUUAAUGUUGAGAGAGCAUUUGUUCACAUUGAUUAUGAAACAACCCACGAUCCAAAAUCUGAACAUAAAGUAGUUUAGAGACUAAAGUUGGAUUUCAUUUUUUUUAAACAAGAGCUACCUCUUGCAGAGGUAUAUACCUCCGAUAAAUUGCCCUAUCGCUUAUUCCACAAAGGUAAAGUGUUGUCUUAUUAUAUAUUUUUGUGAACACUGCGUUGACUAUUGAAAAUCAAAGAAUGCUAUACAAUAUGUAUUUGAUUGAAGUUUCACAGAAUGUAAAGUUUAUGAAUUUAUGCUUAAACUAAAACAGUGGCGGCGUUUGUGAUUUAGCUAGUGUUAAGAUACUUUACAUAUUGUGCAGCUUAAUUGAUAUCCAUGAAAUAUUACAAGAACUAUACAUUUAAUGCUACUUCAUAGUGUAUGUCUUAUUCAGCAGUGUUUUCAUAUACUUGUAAAUGUUUUAAUAAAGUCAUCUACUUUAUCAUGCAAAGAAAUAAUAAAAAUUUGGCACUAUCAACACAUUAAUCAGUGGAAAUUUAAGGUACAGUGCCCGUACAAUGCACUCUCAUUACGUCCUGAACUCUUAAAGCCGAACGUAUCAAAGCAAAAUCAGUAUAUAUAUAUAUGUUAUACAAAUGUUAAAGUUCUUAAAUUUUUUUUGCUAAUCAAAAAUUUGAACAUGCAGGCCGUUUCGUCAUAGACUUUUACAUGAUAAAAAGAAUAAAUGUUUCAAAAUGUGCAGGCAAAUACUCUAUAAAAAUAAUGCAGAAAAAACAAAAUAAUGCUCUUUAACUUACUCUUAGCAUUUGUUUAAGAAAUAUUAACCACCUACUUACACAAAGUGACGUUAUGCCCAUCCACAUGGCGUGUGAUUCAAACAAUAUUUUUAAGUGAUAUAAAAGUACAUUUAUAUUGUAUAAUUUCAUAUGUUUGUUGUAAAAAAAUAAUUAUUAUGUGGUAAAAUUCCGCAUUUGUAUUGUAUAAAAAUAUUAAUGUUCAAUAUUUUUAUUUACAUUCAAAACCUAUAUAUUUAUAUUGUAAAAAUAUUUUUGUUUUAAGGGGAUAUUCAGGCAAAAUAAUGACAAAAAUAUUAAAAUGAUCAUAUGCACUCAAAUCACGCUAAAAUGACUUUUCUUGAAGUUUCAGCAUGAAUUUCUGUUUAAAUUCUAUAUAUUUUGGGUUUGAAGCGUAAAUAUUUCUAUGUAUGUUGAACAAAAUUUAGACGCCAAUAGAAUCACCAAAUAGUUUUAAAACAAGUCAGGUGAUUUGAACAAACCCUUGAAGUUACAAUAACAGAUAUUGUGGAUAUUGUAUGAUUAAAACAAGCCUAAGUCAUUCAUUUGACAUGUUCUUUAACAUUUCCAGAGUUCACUUUGACAACUAUUGUGAAAUGCUAUCGCUCUAACCUGACCCACACGGGUCAAGUUAGGGAACUACCAUUUUAUUCUUUAUAUGGAGAAAAGUUUUGUUCCUUUGACUGUCAAAUAUAUUCAUUUUGAGGGCAUUUACAGAAUAAUGAAUGAAAAAUUCAAAACUAAGGCAUGAAAAUUUUGCCUGUAUCUCCCUUUAAUUACACAUUUAUAUUCUAUAAAUAUAGAACAUAAAUAGUUUUAUACAAUACAAAUGCGGAAUUUUACCACAUAAAUAAUUAUUUUACAACAUAAAUAUAAAAUUAUGUAAUAUAAAUAUGUUUUUACAUCGCAUAAAAAUACUUUUUGAAUUUUGCAACGUUCAACAUCCAAGUGUAAACAAUGCACGUGAUCGACUGAAAUUUCUAUUAUUAAUAUCACCAGAAUGUAUCGGUAACAAGAGUGGGUCAGUCUUUUUAUAAUUAAGGUAGCUUUUAUAUUGUAACAUACACAUUUUUAUUAUUAAUAAUUGGUCAAUACAAUUAUAUAUAAUAGCUAAUUUUUUAAUAUAUUUCUAACGCAUCUCCACAGGGAAAAUGAGCAUAAUGUCACUUUAAAUACAUAUACAUGUAUAUGUAUAUUGAAAUGUUAAAAUAAAGUAUAUAACAUAU